GUCCCUCGGCCGCUAGUCGGAGCGAGCGGCAGCGAGGAGCCCCCGGCCGCUCCGCCAGCGCUUGCCGCCGCUCCCACCCACGAUCUCAGCCCAGCGGCUGGGAAACGCCCCCCGCAGACUGCGCUGCGCAACGCGGGAGGGUUAGCGGUCCCGGGGAACAGCUUCCGAACUUGCCAGGGGACCACGGCUCUCCCGGGCCUGGAGAGUGUGAACAGGAUUGCAGAUUUACCAUGAUAUGGUGAAUCCCAGGGCUGGAACCAAAAAGAUCUUCUCAGCUCUUUAGUUGGAACCACAGUGAAUUGUCUACCACCACCCAGCAUGGCUAAAAGUGCAGAGGUCAAACUGGCAAUAUUUGGGAGAGCAGGCGUGGGCAAGUCAGCUCUUGUGGUGAGAUUUUUGACCAAACGGUUCAUCUGGGAAUAUGAUCCCACCCUUGAAUCAACCUACCGACACCAAGCAACCAUUGAUGAUGAAGUUGUCACCAUGGAGAUACUAGAUACUGCUGGGCAGGAAGACACCAUUCAGAGGGAAGGACACAUGCGAUGGGGGGAAGGCUUUGUGCUCGUCUAUGACAUUACUGACCGAGGAAGUUUUGAGGAAGUGCUGCCACUUAAGAACAUCCUGGAUGAGAUCAAAAAGCCCAAGAACGUGACUCUCAUCUUGGUUGGAAACAAAGCUGACUUGGACCACUCCAGACAGGUCAGUACAGAAGAAGGGGAGAAGCUGGCCACAGAACUGGCAUGUGCUUUUUAUGAGUGUUCUGCCUGCACUGGAGAAGGGAACAUCACCGAGAUAUUCUACGAGCUGUGUCGAGAGGUACGUCGCCGGAGGAUGGUCCAGGGCAAGACGAGGCGACGCAGCUCCACCACGCACGUCAAGCAAGCCAUUAAUAAGAUGCUCACCAAAAUCAGCAGUUAGGCAGCUCGGUCCUUGGGAAGACCCUGCUCAGGUGGGUUUGGGUAAUUGGAAACAUUUUCUUGCCCUUUUUCUUCCUCCAAAGAAAAGAAGAUACUACAUUCCUUGUUUUGACUCUGGGAAAAGUUUGGGCUUCCCACUGGUCCCAGCCUUCCGUAUGUUGGGAAGUUGCAGAGUGUUUUAAUGCAAUUUCAGUGCUGACAGUCUCUCUUUUGCCUGCUUGAAUAAAACAUGCUGUAUUGCAGUUUGAACAUGUAAUCACUAGAUUCUAAAUUGGCUGGGUUCGUAUUAAGCUAUUUUUAGGCAUCUUCACCUUGCUUCCAUAGGUUGAAGUCUUUUCAAAAACAUUUUAAAUUCUAUUCCUUGUUGAAACCUAUAAAUGAUCAUCCUAAAAAUCUAAGAUAACGGAAAAUACAGGGCUUCCCAGGUGGCGCUAGUGGUAAAGAACCUACCUGCCAAUACAGGAGACAUGUUGGUUUGAUCCCUGGAUCGGGAAGAUCCCCUAAAGGAGGGCAUGGCAAGCCUCCAAUAUUCUUGCCUGGGAAAAUCCCAUGGACAGAGGAGCCAGGUGGGCUACAGUCCAUAGGGUCACAAAGAGUCAGACACGAUUGAAGCGACUUAGCAUGCAUGCACGCAAUAGAAAACACAGUAAGGGUAGCUGAGAUGUUUUACUGAAGAAUAGAGCCUUAGUUUCUAUUUGAAGUGAGGCUUUUCUGAAUGAUCUUAAACCAUCUAGUUUUUCUUUAACCUUUGUUCUGUUCUUAAAUUCAAACAUGCACUCACGAAGUUUUCCAUUGUCAAAAUGAAAGAGAGUUUCAUUUCAAUUUGAGUUGACUGUCUCCUUGAUCUGUUUGUUGAUCAUUGCAUCCUAAUUAUUCUUCUGUGAUUCCAACAAGACUUAACUAUAACUGAGACAGCAGGACCCCUCAUUUCAAAUCUGCCAGGCCAUUUCUCAUCAAGCCCAGGGUGAAAUAAAGACAAAAGGAAUUUUUUCACCAAACCCUGACUUUAUUGAAUGCUUACAGAGGAUUUAGAAUUGGAUUCUAGGAUGCUAAUAGAGGAUUUAGAAUUGGAUUCUUAUAAAUUAGAUUUAUUCAUUUACAUUUCUUUCUAUGUUUAUCAUCUUAGCAGAAAGACAACAUUCAAAUAAACAGGAGAAUUAAAAAUGAUGCUUAACUACUCUUCUGCUGGGGAGCCCAGGUUCUAUGCCAGGCACAGUAAGAAUUAGCCUCUGAUUCAUUUAAACUGGCUACAUGGCUUCUAAUAUAUUGGAUAAAUUAAUUCACUUAGAAUUCAGAAAAGAGUGAGUGGUUAGAGUUCACUAUAUCUGAAUAAAUGUGUAUAAAACAGAUUCUUAUAUUGUGAAACUGUCUAUAACUGAUAAAAGCUUUAUGAUUCUUUUUUCCCCUAUUAUGCCCCCAUAUAUUAAGAUUUGGGCACUUUAUUUUAGAAGAAAAUAUAUAUCUUUUACAUAUGUGUGUAUUUAUAAAUGCAUAGAUAUAUGUAUAAAACUUUGUAAAAAUUGGAGGCUUUAAUUCACCAAUGCAUUUGGACAACUCGGUGUAAUUGACUAUUUUAUGUGAAUAUAAUAAAAAGCAUAAUUUUCACAUUCUGUCACAUUCAGGCAGUCUUUCUUGUGGUAACAUGAGAAGUUUGCCAUUUUAGGAGAGAUUUUGGAAGACUAUUGGAUUGCAGAGUUGAUGACUUAUUGAAUGUGAUGCAAAGAAAUAAGCACCUGUUCAUAAUAAUCACUACUAUGUUUAGAGUCCUUACAUGCUAUUGCAGGCCCUUCAUGUCUUAUCUCAUCAUAUUCUCACAGUACCCCUAUGCAAGAGAUAGUAUUAUGGUCACAGUUGUAAGGAUGAAGAUACUGAGCCAAAAGGGAAAACAAGUUUGCACAGCUAUUUAGUGGGUAAAGCUAGGAUUUGAAUUCAGAGAGGCAAAGUCAGACUGUAAGCCUAUACUGUGAUCCACCAUAGUGUCUUAGUAAACUUAUUCUUGAGUCAUCAGUAUGAAGAAACAGAAAGGAUCAAAUUUAGGGAAGACUUGUUUUAUUCAUAGGGCUUCCCUGGUGGCUCAGUGGUAAAUAAUCCACCUGCCAAUGCAAGAGACAGGGUUCCAUUCCUGGGUCAGGAAAUCCGCUGGAG